CAAGUAUUGAUUUUGCAGCCCUCGUCGAAAAAGCAAAACAGCUGGCAGUUUAAACGUUUACAUUUUUUUUAAUCGUCAAAGAAACUGAAAUGAUAAAAGCUAUACUUGUCUUUAAUAAUCAUGGGAAGCCGAGGCUGUCGAAAUUCUACCAGUAUUUCGAUGAAAGCCUGCAGCAACAAAUAAUCAAGGAGACGUUUCAGCUGGUUUCCAAGCGGGAUGACAAUGUUUGCAACUUUCUGGAGGGCGGAAGCCUAAUUGGCGGAUCGGACUACAAGCUUAUCUACAGACACUAUGCCACGCUGUACUUUGUUUUCUGUGUGGACUCCUCAGAGAGCGAACUGGGCAUCCUUGACUUGAUCCAGGUCUUCGUGGAAACCCUUGACAAGUGCUUCGAAAACGUCUGUGAGCUGGACCUCAUAUUCCACGCCGAUGCCGUCCACCACAUUCUCUCAGAACUGGUCAUGGGGGGAAUGGUCCUGCAGACCAACAUGAACGACAUUAUGGCCAGGAUCGAGGAGCAGAACAAGAUCGUCAAGCAGGAGGCGGGUAUUUCGGCAGCGCCAGCGCGGGCUGUGAGCGCCGUAAAGAGUAUGAACAUUCCGCAACAGAUUAAAGAUAUAAAGUUACCUGAUCUGCCGCAGGCAAUUAAGGACUUUAAGUUCUGACAAUUGUACGUCUCAUAAUCUCAUACCUAUUUAUAAUCUGUUGAAGUUAGUGCUUUCCUCAGUCCUUCAAGAAUUUCCAGCAGCAGUCGACUGUUUUCGUAAUGUUAGGUCCCAUUGAUUUUACACAUGUAUCUCCUCUACCGAAUAAAUAUGCAAAUUAAUUACCAGUAGCAAGUACAA